AUGAGCUCGUUCUUUUUCACCUUCCUGUGCGCCUUGGGCCUCUGUGCUGCCCUUCAAGUGUCAGCCAGCUUGGAGAAGGAUGUGGAGACCGUGGCUGUAAGAAGCGCCCUUGCCUCGUCCUCGGAACAAAAUGAGAUCGUGAACAAGCAUAACACCCUGAGGAGAAAUGUCAAGCCUACUGCUAGCAACAUGCUGAAAAUGAGUUGGAACAGCGAGGCUGCAGCCAACGCUCAGAGGUGGGCCAAGACCUGCUCCAUGAAGCACAGCCCGGACAGCUCCAGGGAGAUCAGUACGAGCGGCUGCGGCGAGAACUUGUACAUGGCCAGUUACAAAAACACCUGGAGCAAUGCCAUCCAGUCGUGGUACGACGAGGUGAAGGACUGGCGCUACGGGGUGGGAUCGGUCAACGGAGGAGUCGUUGGACAUUUCACACAGAUUGUUUGGUACCGCUCAAACCAGAUUGGCUGCGCUAUGGCCUAUUGUCCCAACUCCCGCUACAAGUACUUCUACGUCUGCCACUACUGCCCACCCGGAAACUACCAGUAUACUCGGCCUUACAAGUCCGGACCCACCUGUGCUGACUGCCCCAACGCCUGUGACAACAAACUGUGCACCAACCCUUGUCGCUACACUGACAAGUACAGCAACUGUCCUGAGCUGAAGCAGCAGCACGGUUGUAACAACAGCAACGUCGCCUCUUGGUGUCCCGCCUCCUGCAAGUGCACCGAUCAGAUUAACUGA